AUGUCAGACAACCAGCAAUACAACCCGGACAAGUUGGCCCAGGAUAUGGGAAACGCCAACAUCAAUGACCAGGCUGCUGCUUUCAACCCCAACGCAGCCCAAUCUUUCGUUCCUCAAGGCGGUUACCAACAGUAUCAAAACUACCAACAAGGUGGCUACAACCAGUACCAAAACCAGUACCAAGGCGGCUACAACGGCGGCAACCAGUACCAGAACAGAGGCAACUACAACCAAUAUAACCAAUACGACCAAUACCAGGGCCAAUACCAGGGCCAAUACCAAGGAUACCAGGGCCAGUACCAAAACAACUACUACAACCAAGGCUACGAUGCCCAGCCCCAGCAGCCUCAGGGAAUGUCUUUGGCAGACUACCAAAAGCAACAGAGCGCGCUGGCGUCUUUGAACAAGCCCAAGAAGACCUUGAAGUUGACCUCGUCAUCGGGAAUCAAGUUGGGCAACGCCUCCAAGACGAUCAAGAAGGAGGAGCCAAAGGAAGAAAAGAAGGAGGAGCCAAAGGAAGAAAAGAAGGAGGAGCCAAAGGAGGAAAAGAAGGAGGAAGCCCAGAAAGAAGAGCCAAAGAAGGAGGAGCCAAAGAAGGAAGAGCCAAAGAAGGAAGAGCCAAAGAAGGAAGCUGCUGCUCCAGCUUCUAAGCCUGUUGCCAAAGCUAAGGCUAUGGCCAUGGCCUCAUCUAAGAGUACCGGAUCCAGAGAGUCGACCCCGGGUGUUACUGCCGACCAAUUGGCUAAAGAACAGGAGGAGGAAGUUGACGAAGAAGUUGUCAAGGACAUGUUUGGUGGUAAGGACCAUCUUUCUAUCAUUUUCAUGGGCCACGUCGAUGCGGGAAAGUCUACCAUGGGUGGUAACAUCUUGUACUUGACCGGAGCUGUUGACAAGCGUACUGUCGACAAGUACGAGAGAGAAGCCAAGGAUGCUGGUAGACAAGGUUGGUACUUGUCUUGGGUCAUGGACACCAACAAGGAAGAAAGAAACGACGGUAAGACAAUCGAAGUUGGUAAGGCUUGCUUUGAAACCGAAAAGAGAAGAUACACAAUUUUGGAUGCCCCAGGCCACAAGAUGUACGUGUCCGAGAUGAUUGGUGGUGCUUCGCAAGCUGAUGUUGGUAUUUUGGUUAUUUCCGCAAGAAAGGGUGAAUACGAAACUGGUUUCGAAAAGGGCGGUCAAACCAGAGAGCAUGCAUUGUUGGCCAAGACGCAAGGUGUCAACAAGAUCGUUGUGGUUGUCAACAAGAUGGAUGACCCAACCGUCAACUGGUCUGAAGACCGUUACAAGGACUGUACCGCCAAGUUGGGACAAUUCUUGAAAGGCAUUGGCUACGGUAAAGAAGAUAUCCUUUUCAUGCCAGUUUCUGGUUACACUGGUGCUGGUUUGAAGGACAGAGUUUCCCCCGAGCAAUGUCCAUGGUACACCGGUCCAUCUUUAUUGGAGUUCUUGGACAACAUGAAGAUUGGAAGCCGUCACAUCAAUGCUCCAUUCAUGUUACCUAUUUCCGGAAAGAUGAAGGACAUGGGUACCAUUGUUGAAGGUAAGGUUGAGUCUGGUCACAUCAAGAAGAACGCAAACUUGGUGAUGAUGCCUAACAGAACCCCAGUGGAAGUUGUUGCCAUUUACAACGAGACUGAGCAAGAGUGUGAGUGGGCAUACAGUGGUGAGCAAAUCAGAUUGAAGAUCAAGGGUGUCGAGGAAGAGGAUGUGCAACAAGGUUAUGUGUUGACAUCUCUCAAAAACCCAGUCAAGACGGUUACUCGCUUCGAGGCCCAGAUUGCCAUUGUGGAGUUGAAGUCGAUUUUGUCCAACGGUUUCUCGUGUGUGAUGCACUUGCACACAGCCAUCGAAGAGGUUAAGUUCAUUGAGUUGAAGCACAAGUUGGAGAAGGGCACCAACAGAAAGUCCAAGAAACCCCCUGCUUUUGCCAAGAAGGGUAUGAAGAUCAUUGCCGUGUUGGAGGUGCCAGAGCUUGUUUGUGCCGAAACCUACAGUGACUACCCACAGUUGGGACGUUUUACGUUGAGAGACCAAGGUGUGACCAUUGCCAUUGGUAAGAUCACCAAAUUGUUGUAG